AAGAGAGUGAAGAACAGCUGCGCGAGUUGUUCGAGAUCGCAGAAAAAACCGUUUUCGUCGGACUUCGGGAGCUCCUAUUCGAACACCUGGCGCCCAGAUUAGCCGACAUCGAACACUACAAGAGCAACAACCAAGAUCUUCAGACCACCGGUUUAAGAAAUAACAGAAAGGAGACACCAGGACCAGAUGUUCAAGAACCAAAAAGUAACCGUCCAAGAGGGGAUCCACUAUCCGCAGAAGUGCGAGAAGUGAUCGAAGCA